AUGUACUUACGUGAACACAAAGCAAAAUACGUCCUACAUAUAAUAAUCAUCCUUGUUAAUAUGAUUUAUGCAAAUGGUAGCCUAGAUGAUAAAAGUAGAGAGUUAAUCAAUUUGCACGAAAAAUACAGACAGGAUUUAGUUAAUUGUAAAGUUGAUGGACAACCUCCAGCUAAAUACAUGUCACCAUUGAAAUGGAAUUACAAUCUGGCUGCACAAGCACAAACAUUGGCGAACAAAUGCAUCUUGCAACACGACAAACGUCAUUCGGAUGAAUUCUCUUGGGUUGGACAAAAUAUUGCUCUCCAUCCAACCAUUAAGUCAGGAGUAGAUGCUUGGUUCAAUGAGCACAAAUUAUACGACUACAAUCACAACGACUGUAUGAAAUGUUUGCACUACACACAAAUGGCUUGGGCCAAGACCACAGACAUUGGAUGUGGAGUUGCGAGUUGUCCAAAGUACGGUCUAUCAAUCGUGUGUAAUUAUGGUCCAGGUGGUAAUUGGAAUAAUGAGAAACCAUAUGAAGUGAAAUCACGUGAAUUGUGCCCGAAAAUGCAGAAUAUUCCUAAAGAGAGUUUUCAAACGACGCGUGAUGAUACACAGCGUGCACCAUCAUCAAUAGUGAAUGUCAACCACAAGUUGUCAUCGAUCGGUUCAAGUGAAGGUAAUGUAAACGAUCAACCCUCCACUGGUUUGCAAACAACGUUGGAUGACAAAAGCCUUGAAAUACUCGAACUGCACAGAAAAUACAGACAGGAUUUAGUUAAUUGUAAAGUUGAUGGACAACCUCCAGCUAAAUACAUGUCACCAUUGAUGGCUUGGGCCAAGACCACAGACAUUGGAUGUGGAGUUGCGAGUUGUCCAAAGUACGGUCUAUCAAUCGUGUGUAAUUAUGGUCCAGGUGGUAAUUGGAAUAAUGAGAAACCAUAUGAAGUGAAAUCACGUGAAUUCUGCCCAAGUGCUGAAAAUACGAACAUUGAGAUUUUUGUUCCAUCAACAAUCAAUCAGUUGGAUGAAUUUACUAUGUCAAAUGUGUUGAAUUAUCAAACCGUUUCACUGGAUAAGGUUAAUAAUUCAAAUGAUGGAAAUCAUAUGAACAUUCAAAUGUUAAAUAAAACUUUACCUGAGCCAAAUAUAAUAAUGAAUGGUUCUAUUUGUUAUUAUAUUUCCCAUUGA